GUGAGAAGUCCCCCCACGAUGAAGCUGUGUCUUGCUGCCUUGCUUCUGUUGGCUGCAUUGUGUGUGAAUUUUGCUCACUCCCUAGAAUGCCACGUGUGCUGCGGGCCUGAAAGCUGCCGGGCUCCCGUCGAAUGCUCCCCAACAGACAAGUUCUGUCUUAUUACCCGGGCAAUCAACUCAAUCAACCCCAACCAUAUUCUGGUGAUGAAGUCCUGCGCCCCAACAUGCCCGAACAGCACCAUUUCAAACGAUGGACACGCCAUCUCUGUUGCCUGCUGCCAGGCAAAUAGAUGCAAUGGGAAGGUGGACACAGAUGCUUCCACUAGCCUAGCCAUCAGUCAAGGGGUUCUGUGGGUGGGUAUCUCUGCCAGCCUCCUGUGGGUGCUCCUCCAUGCUGGCUGGUGAGGAGAUUUUUCUUGUCCCUACCCCUUCUACUGUCCCUAAAGUUUUCUGUUCCCAAGAUCUCUUCACUCAGGACAGGAUUUCCAAUACCAAAGGGCAGAUUUCCUCCCAGGAAAAAAGAUCCACAGGAUAGGAUUUUCUUCCUUCUUUUAGUUCCUUCAGGGAAUCCAGAAGGGAGAAUUCUGCCCUGUAGUCUCAUUCCUUGGGUAUGAACCUGGCCAAUUCCCAGUAUUACUAUUUUUCUUUCUCCUUUUCUCUUCCCUUUCUUAUCUGGGAUGCUGAUCUUUUCCUGCAGUUUUUCUGUCCCCUGAGGAUAGGGAAAAUUAUGUUUUUUUUUUUUUUGUUAGGGGUGGUACAGCCAUAAUUGGGAGGGGAAGGGAAGAGGUCAUGGGGGAACUGUGAAAUUUUAAUGUUUUAAUUAAACAAUCACUUCCUUCUUUUCUACUCUGUCCUACUUAACAUUGAGUCCCUUUCCCCUCUUUAAUCCUUGGGAAGCUCAAUAUAACCCCCUCAAUGCCAGUCAGGGUGAAUGACCCAAUUAAAGAAGGCUUCACUAAAAUAAGCAGCUUUUAAACCCUCUUUAAAUGGAUCAUCAAGAUGGGGGGGGGAACAGAGAUGAAGAGUACAUGAUUUCCUCAAACCUAUCCUAUAAGCAAUAAUGGGGGGGGGAAGGCAGAAUUAUCUCAGGUGUUAAUUUUCCCUAAAUGGAAAUAGGAGGGAAAGAAGCUGAGGAUCUGUGAUUAGGGUGAAGAGUGCUCCAUUGCCUCAAUCAGAGAGCCCACCCUGAUGUACCUACUUCCCUCACAGGGAUGUUGUGAGAGGAAAAAUAAUAAAAAUUAUUAAAAUG